CACAUUGAUGAUACAUAGAUUAAAAAGUCGUUCACGUAUCCUGUAAAUAUGGCUACAAGUGAAUUAUUUGCAGGAUAUGACCCAGCAGGAGAUGAUAGCGAUGAUUCAUUUAUAGCACCUUCACAAGAUGGUUCCGAGGUUUAUGAUGCACCUAUUAAUGCUGACGCAGAUGAUGGAGAGUCGGAUCUAGAGUUUCUUUUUGGCCAGGAGAAACCAGACGACUCUAAAAAGACAAAGAAAAAAUCCCGGUCAAAAUGGGAAAAAGAGUUAGACCGUCGGCUUCGUGAGGCCAGCUCCCAUUAUGGUGACGUUGACAAUAUAGAGCUGGACAUAAAACAGCGAAUUGACCAGCUGUAUGAGUACUCGGAACGCAGACAGAGUGUAGAAUCUGAGAUACUUGCGCUAUUUAGCGGAUUACUAACACGUGAGCAGUUCACUGUUGAGACAGCUCCAACUCAGGAAAAUGUUUCCAGUGCUAUGCCCAUGGAUAAUACACUUCAUUCAUCAUCGGAGGUAGACCGGGCAAUGGAUAAAGUGAUGAAAAAGCUCAUUCGCCAGACGUUCCGUGGUCGCAAUCCUGAGGGUAGAUUUGGUCCUUUAGGAGCCUCGGAAGAAACUAGACCUUCUGGCACUCAAACUAAGGUGAAUACCAUUAUCAAUAUAAGCAAUGAAGCUCUGGCUAAUAUGCAGGAUUUGAAUACGCUUUUGCAUCGUGAGCGCGAGGGUGAUUAUGUGGAGUUGGACGGUGUACCGUUGUAUAAGCAUACUCGUUACGGUACGCUAUAUAUAAUAGAAAGCGGGCUGAUGGUAACGCACAUUUUGCCACUUUGUUCAAAGCUGAUGCAGGAAUCGUCUACAAUGGAAAACAACAUCAACCCUAUUAUACAGGAAGUUAUCUAUUUAUUAUAUCAGUUAUCCCAACCACCCAGUGAAGCUUGGUACAAUUAUUGGAGGGAAGCACAGCCACAUUACCGUGCUUUAGCGGUAUCACAGCAAUACGAUCAUGAUGCUGUGAUAUCAACUGAGUUAAAACGCCGGUCAGGCAUUAUCGGCCAAUAUAUACAUGGGCUUGUAUCGCUACGCACUGCUAUGUUAUCUAGUGACCUAUGGACUCUAGUUGGCGAGUUUCGUGUGAAUCUAGAGAACUUCAAGAUUUCAGGGUAUAGGACCGCCGAACAAAACCAGCAUGUUGCAAUGCUGAAACAUCGACAGAAUGCACUAGCCAACGAGCGUGAUGCUCUGAUAGCUGAAGGUGAGGAUAGUGAUGACAAUUCAGAGGAAAACGCUGUGGGAGGUAGGUUACGGAGAGAACACAGCGCAAACGAAACGCGUAAAAGGCGUAUACAGGAAUUGCGCACUCAACUUUAUGAAGUCAAUGAGGAACUGGCCAAAGAGCGUCAGGCGCAUAUGGAAGCUGAGCAACAAACACGGCUGCACUGUAAGACGAUACGUUUGCUUAUAUCAAACAUUCUAGCCGUUCCUGGUGAUGGAUUGUCACUUUUAAGCUUGUUGCAAGAAAGUGGAUUAAUGUCUGUAUUGCGUGAAGAGGUUAUUGCGUGCUUUAAACAGUGUCAUCGUGCGUUCACAGUAUCUGAUUCAGGGGAUAUCAUCCCGCAUCCUGCAUAUAUAAAUGAGGGCCAGCGUGAAACAAUUUGGGACCAUUUGCGCUUGGUACACUCUAUUCUGGUAUCUAUUGACAUUGGCCGGUUUUUAUCUAUGUCAUAUGCCGGCGUAUAUACUGAACAAAUGCAGAUGAACGACCUCCUCUUAAGAUCUGCUGAGGGGCAAACAUCUCGAAAGGUGGACAACGAUGCUUUGGUGGAUCUUAUACGGUUGAACCCCAAAUUAGCGCGUUUGAGGUUGAAGAACCCGAGCAAAGUUCCAGGGUUUAUUAUUAACGAGCGUUUUGGCGGUACCCGAAGUCAACAAAGCUAUGGGCAUUUAUUUUGUUUCCCAGCUUUAAUUCACCUUGAUACACCUUUUGAUAUAUCACAGGGAGACGUAUCUAAGGGUCAGAAUACCUACCAUCCAACUUUACCUUUAUCGGCGUCGGUUCUAUUGUCCCUCCAAGGGGAGCUACAUAAGAUCAUAGGGAUUGAUAGUGAUUUUGAGUACUGCCAUUGGCCCGAUUUGGAUAGCGACAAUUCUAUAUACUACGAACUAGGCGUUGUAUUAUCGUUAUGCUUCGCUGAUCUCAUGCGUGAAGCAGAGGAUCGUUACUUCCAGUCAACGGACUAUCAGUUGCUACUUGAUCUUCAUUCAUGGGUGGUAACAUACUAUCGCUGCUUGUAUUCAUAUAUAAGUGAGAAAUCGAAGAUGGAAGGUAAACAGGCACCACCUGAGUCGUACCUUCUCCUGGUUCUCCGUAGAUAUGUUGGAGGCGAUUCACUAUGUGCAAAAAUUUCAUGCGAGUAUUUAUGGAAAUUGAUUCGCAAGCAUUCUUUGUCCAAAAGCACACACUUUGGGGCUACUAGUGCUUUGCGUGCUUUGUAUGCUACCCUUGUUCUUAUUGACAUGUUUCAGGAUGUUGGUGACAAUUUGGCUAUAAUGCGCAUUUGUCAAGAUACAUUGUCUAUGUACUUGUCUGGAGAUAUAAGGUCUGCCAUAUUUUGGAUUUUGCGCAAUUUUAAAUUACUAGCUCAUCCGGGUAAUUUAUUUUGGUUUGCAAUAUCCAAUCUCCAUAUGUUUCGCAAGGUUAUGCGACAUAUCGGUUCAGUUACCUUCACUGUAGACAAGGUCACUUCGGAAUCGAUGGCAUAUGGCGGCGACUCAGACGUAACUGAUGAUGAAGCACCUCGUACGAAGACUAUUAUCGUGACUUAUGAAUCUAUAUUUAGUUCGCGCAACCGCAAUACAACCAACGAUGACAUUCUCUUCAACGGAAGGGUAAUAUACAACUGCGUUGCAAUGCUGGCAAAUUUCAGGACAAAUUCAGCUUAUUUGAACGAUAUGCUAGUAUCUCAUAUUGAGAUUCUCCCGAUUCCACUAUUAUAUGAUGUAAAGUAUUUAUAUGUUUUCAGUGAUAUUGCUAUGGAUUCAAAUGUCUGGAGAAAUGCACGGUUGCGAUGGGUUGGUGACUUGUGCGUACAUUUGAUGGAGUCAUUUUUUGAUUCAUGGCUUGGACGUGGCAAUAGAUUUUUGCCAGGUGAGAUAUUUUUCAACAAAAGUUCAUCUUCUAUACGGGGUCCAUUCCGACCAACUGCACCCGAUAACAUUGUACCCAUAUCAAGGGGUUACAUCCACUCUGAUUUGUUAAAUGAGUUCAUUCGCCGUCCUGGAGCCACUGUAUUUGAGGUGUCCAAGGACAUCCAUGACAUCAAAAUCGGGGCCACGUGGGAUCCAUCGGAUGACCCUAUAUUGAUCAAAUAUUACAAGCAAUUUCAUUAUCUUGACGACCCUGUGGAAUUCAUAUCGGAACUUUUGGGUUGUCGUACUUUUGAAGUGAACCGUCGUCUUCGUGAACUGAAGCUUAUUGGCGUUGAUUCUCCUUCCACAGGCACAAAUGAGAAACUGCGCCAGAUUUUGGAACGAUUGGUAUCAAAAUUUAAUGAGGAAGCCAUUAAGGUUAUUUCUGAACUCCAAGAAAACAUCAAUGAAGCGAUUGAAAUGCAGCGUCUUGGCGGCCUCGACUCUGUAUGUCAGGUAAUGGAACCAUUUUCUGCGUCUAGUCAUAUGCUAGAUUCAUCUGAAUUCAAGGAUUUAAUAAACAUACUCGGGUUGUCUCAUGAUUGGGUACUUCCCAAAGACAUUUCCUCUUUAUCUAUGCAGCUACCAGUGCUCCUAGAUACGGAUAGUUACACCGGGGGUUCACACACUCAAACGAAGCAAAGAUUUAGCUCUGUUCAUGGGCCAAGUGAUGGAAAGCCGGAUACUAACUUGUCGGAAUCUAGGGAAGACGAGGAUAUCCACCCAGAUAUCGAUAUGUAUGCACCUUCUGUUGUAUCAAGUCGUGAUAUUGCUCGAUUAUUACUGCAUAUACUUGAAGAAUUGCACAAGCAUAACGAGAUAAUAGCCAUAGGGGAUAUUAUCAUAGAAGCACUAGCUCUGGUAGAAUCCGCUACAGUCAUUGGCACCGCUCAGUCUUUAUGCAACAGCCUACCUCAGAAUGAGUCUUGUUUGAAUAAGUUGCGCGCUUUGUUAUUGGUAGCCGGUGUUUAUGUCGAGCCUCCAAUGCUCCGUUGCACUGCUAUGCUUAACCAGGUGAUUGCUACUGAUAGGCUUCAAGUUGCUCUCAACUUGAGUAGAUUACCGUUACACCGGCUACGAGAUAUAGUAAGACAGGAAAUCAGAUCUAAAGAGGACUUACGGAGGCUUGGUAGAACAGUUGGCAAUUCUGAGGGUGAUAUCAACGGUUCCUACGACAUGAACAUGGCUGGAUACAACGACCCUAUGGAGGAGUAUCUGGAUAUAGGCACUUCGCCCAAUUUCAAGUUGCCGAAUAGAUAUACACGUAAACGACGGGGCAGGGGUGGCAUGGUCCUUUCAGACACUACGCAUGGGCGUAAGUUCCUAAACAAAGGUUAUGGUAUUGAUGACGAGCAGGAUAUUUUAGACUCGGCCUCCACCACUAUCGAACAGCACGGCGCGGAACUUCAGUUAGUAGUAGACGAGGUGUACCGUUGUAUUUCGUCUGGUAAAUUGCGAAUCGAUGCUGAGGACUUGAUGAGUGUGGCUGAAGAUCAUAACUGUGAAGUAUCUUAUACAACUAUACGCAACAUUUGCAAAUCCAUUGGCGCUAUUGAGGAGCGUGAAAAGGACAAACUCUGGCUGGUAUGGGCUCCAGAGGCUGCUGAAUCUGCCAUUGCAGCGUGCAUUGAGACUUUUACGAUGAUCCCUAAUGUUCACGGUCGUUUUGGCGGUCCGUCCCCCAAUGCUUUUGGUGUUCUUUCUGAACGGGAUCACUUAUCAGUGGACAAUACACCUCUCCGCCGUCUUGACGUGGACACGAGUUUGGUUUCUUCUAUCUAUGAGGAAUCACUGACACUUGCUCGUGAAGGCCGUUUACGAAACAAAUUGAAGACUCGUGGCGACUUACAACGUCUACUGGGUUAAUUCCAGUA